UCAAAUCUGAUUCUAUCGAACGAACUCGUAUCUCGAUGACAAGUUUCGCGAUGACAUAAUUACGAAAUCGCGAUCAGCACGAUGAUAGUGCGAAAAUUAUCACAAUAAAGAUGUCCAACAUUCGUCCGCUGAUUUUCGAUUAAGAAUGCCACAUGUCGCACAGGCUGCAAUCACCGCAGAGAUGAGUACGCGUUUCUCUGCGUAUCUCCCACGUUUCUAAGUCGUAACCUCUCAAACACGUAACCUUCCCUAAAAUCUGAGACCUUGAAAAUCUUUCUUCUCCUACCAUGCACGUAAACCAAACUCCAAACGAAGCUCCAGAUCAACUGGCCCCGCAAAGGUUGCCUCGAAGUCGAAGGCUGGAUCGACCAGUCGAUCCAAAGGCCAUGCAACUAUUGGCUGCCUUUCCCAACCACAACAUUCAAUUGGUGAACGGGACAGUGAUGAUCCCCAUCCCUCAAGAAGACGCGAGAGCUCUCGGGCUACGAGUGCCAGGAAUCCAGGAGUCGAGGAAUUCCUCGCUCGGAUCGAGUUCGACCUCUUCGAGGAACUCCGGUUGUCCAUCGAGCUCCAAGGCUCUCGGCAAACGGUCGAACGACGGUAGGAAAUCGAGCAAAGAUCUCAAGCACCGGGGAAACGUGGACACGAAUGCGACGAAGAAGCUUCAAGACCUCAAGGAAGAACGAAGGAAUCAACGUACCGUAGAAAAGCUGAGCAACUUCCACGCGAAACUUGAAAGAGGACUGAAGAAUAUCUCCUACAAGACGAAAACUCGUCGAAAGGUCGGUUCAGAGACCACGAAGACGUGCGAUCAGUCCAGAUUGAACCCAACAGCGUUGAGCGGAGCUGCUCGCUCGUUAGCGGGUGGCAAGUCGAGGAAUUCACCGCUCUGCCAGGAGGACAAGUUUCACAAGCUUGAGAAACAACCAAGCUCGAGGUCUAUGAGACAAUUGUUCAGCAUGGCUGAUUCGUGGAGCAGCGACUCCGUGACCAGUGGCUCGGAUAACUGUGCUUGUUGCCAUAGUCAAGAACCUUGUCCUCUUCACGGAUUUGACUUCGUCGGUAGCCCAUGAAAACUCUUCUUGUCGCUUCUUCUGCAGAAAGCAGUUCGAAUGGUAUCGCUAGUGGGUAAUUGGGAAGGAAUCGAAAAGUUACUAGAAGAUAUGAUAAGGUAAUUACGAUAUUAAACGAAGGAGUAAUGUGAAAUUUUAACGAAGAUUAAAUGAAAGGGUGUCGACAAACCUGUUCUCUUCGUGUUACUCAUUUCUUCAAUGAAACGUAAAGCUUCAUGGUGUUUCUUUUAUAGAAGAUAGUGCAUAUAAUAUUACUAAAGAGUAAUUGAAGAGGAAUUUGAGAAAAACUAGAAGAAAUAGAAAGGCACGUUAUUAAACGAGAAAGUUAAAUUAAAUUUGAAUAGAGUGAAAUGGAACACAGUCAAGAAUCUUGUCCUCUUCGUUCAAUUUUUCUCAAAGAAAAAACUCUGCAGACAGUAUCGGAUAAUUCACGAAGAAUCUCUUGUUAUUACUGGCAGAUAAUGAGAAGGUAACAGUAAUAUUAAAGGAAGAAAUAAUGUGAAAUUUGAAUAAAGAUUAUAUGAAACUGUGUCAACAAACCUGUU